UCGCCGCCGAGCCUGUCGCACACGUCGGCGCUGCGCGACUCGCUCAACACGACGGCCUCGGCGCUCGCGACUGGGCCGGUGACGUGUCUCUCGUGGACCUCGGACGGCUACGCCCUCGCCUCGGGCUUCGCGCGCGGCUACGCCCUCUGGUCGACCUACGGCCGGCUCGGCUCGUGGUCGGGCGACAAGAGCGACGCGUUCGAGGACCACUUCAUGGAGGGCGUCAGGGCGUGCUUCUUCGCCCAGGGCGACGCCGAGCUCGUCGUCUUGUGCCCGCCGCCGCAGCUGUUCGUCAUCCCGUUCGCCAAGAGCGCCGUCACGGCGUGCCACGCUCCCGACAACACCAAGAACGCCUUCCUCCAGACCGAUGACCGCGUCCUCGUCUACCGCGGCGCCGAUCAGCCCGACAUGAGCGUCAUCAACCCCGAGAGCGACGUCUGGCAGCACAUCAAGAUACCCGCCGCCUACAUCGCCUCGCAGUACCCGCUCCGCUACGCCGUCAUCUCGUCCGACGCCCGCCUCAUCGCCGUCGCCGGCCGCCGAGGCCUGACGCAUUACAACGCCCUCAGCGGUCGAUGGCGCCUGUUCGAGGAGGAGCGGGACGAGGAGGCGCUCAGGGUGUGCGGCGGCAUGGUCUGGUGGGGCAGCGUGCUCGUCGUCGGGUGCGAGGUCGAGGGGGAGUAUCAGCUGCGCCUCUUCUCGCGCGACAAGCCGCUGUCGCUCGCCGACACGCUCGAGAUCGUCCCGCUCGACUCGGCGCCCCUCGUCCUGAGCGUGUUCGACUCGUCCCUGCUCGUCUACACGGCCGACAACACGUUCCACCACUUCCUCAUCCGGUCGACCCGGAGCGGCGGGCCGAGGUUGCGCGUCUGCGGGAGCAUCGGCUUCGAGGGGGUCGUGCAGGACCCGAGGAGGGUCAGGGGCCUGAGCUGGCUUGUGCCCAAGUCGCAGCAACGGUUCGGCGACCCGGCCGACGACCUGAACGUCGCGACGAUCAUCUUCCUCAUCUCGGGCCGCCUCGUCCUCCUACGCCCUCGUCGAGCUGCCCACGAGGAGGUCAAGUACGACCUGCAGAUCUUGGCCGACCGCGUCGAGUUCUACUGGACGCACCUGCGCGGCAUCGGGACGCUCGAGAACUCGCUGUGGGCGUGGGACGGCGCCAAGAUCCGCGUGUGGCUCGACGCGCUCACGAUCGAGAAGGUGCGCGUCGACGCCAAGCGCGACGCGUACGAGACGGUGCGCGAGAGCGUCGCCAUGCCGCUCGACUUUUACCCGCUCGCGGUCCUCAUGGACAAGGGCAUCAUCGUCGGCGUCGACCAAGAGACCUCGCUCCGGCGCUCCCUCGACUUUGCCCUCUUCCGCAUCAUCACGACUACGCACCUGUUCCUCCAUCACGUCCUGCGGGUCCACCUCGACCGCUCGCAAGCCCGCGAGGCCGUCCUCUUUGCGUCGCACUACCAGCAGCUCGUCUACUUCCCGCACGCGCUCGAGAUGCUCCUGCACGAGGUCCUCGAGGACGAGGCCGACUCGGUCGCCGCAUCAUCGUCGUCGCCGAGUGCGCUCGCACCCCCUCCCGGUCAAGGAGGCCUCCUCGCCCGCGUCAUCGACUUCCUCGACCACUUCGACGACUGCCUGCAGGUCGUCGUCAACUGUGCGCGCAAGACCGAGGUGACGAGGUGGGAGCUCCUAUUCCGCAUCGCCGGCAAGCCUCGAGAGCUGUUCGAGAAGUGCAUCGCGUCGGGCUUCUUUAAAGUCGCGGCGUCGUACCUGCUCGUGCUGCACAACCUCGAGCCGGUCGAGCAGUCGAGCAAGGACACGGUGAGGUUGCUCAAGGUGGCGAUGGAGGCCGGCGAGUGGACGCUGUGCCGCGAGCUCCUGCGGUUCCUGUACUCGCUCGACCGCACGGGUCAGAUUCUGCGCACGGCACUCAGCGAGAGUACAUCCGCGUCCUCCUCUUCUCCCUACUCCCCUCCUCCCUCCCCUUCUCUGCCCCUUUCCUCGUCCGACGCCUCGUCGACGACAUUCUCCGACGCGGUACGGCCCAGUACUUGCGUCCGGUUCGGCGACUGA